UUUCGUUUUUAUUUAGUUCUAAUAUUUUUUAUUUGUUUUUUCAUUGUUCUGAUUUUUGUGUUUUCGUUUUUAUUCAGUUUUGAUUUUUGUAUUUUGCAUUUUCAUUGUUCUGAUAUUUUUUUAUUUGUUUUUGUUUUGUAUUUUUACUCUUUCUUGUUCUGUUUUCACUGUUUCUAUUCCCUUUACUUUCCAUGUUUUUAUUAUUUGUUUUUGUGUUUUUACGUUUCUGUUCUAUUUUCCCCUUUUAACAUGUUUUAACCUUUAUGUUUUUGCUUGUUUCAAUUUGUGUUUUUCCUGUGUUUAAUUUAAACAGAACAAACACAUUGUUGUAUUUUAUUUUUAUAAUUUUUUCUUUAAUAUUUCCCACCAUUUUUCUUUCAUUUUCUUUGCUAUCAAUGCUUACUAGUUGAAAUUUUUUUCUUUUUUUUAUUUAUUUUCUCUUUUAGCUAAAAAAUUAUUCUUUUCGUUUCUUGAUUUUUGUUAUUGUGAUUUUUCUCAAAAAAAUAUUUUUUAAAAAUAAAUUUUUGUUUCUUCUUCAUUUUAUUCAUACUUUAACUGAAACAUUUUUAGGUUUAAAUAAAUUUUUAAAAAUAUUUUUCUCAUUAAAACAACAGUUCCCUUUACCCAUUAUUACCUUUUUAUGUUUUCCCUUUGUUUUCCAAAAAUAAUUUUUUUAAAUAUUUUCGCGCAUUGCCAAGGAAACCUUUUCUUUUCUCUUUUUUUGUUAAAAAAAUGCCACGAGACGUAAACUAAAAAUUAUUAUUUUUUUAUUAAAAUUUUAUAAACCUUUAAAUAUUUUUAAAGAAAUACCAAAGAAAUUUCAUUCUAUUUGGAUGGCAAAAUUUUAUUUGUUUGUUUUUUGUGUUUUUCAUUUUUUUGUAUUUUUUAUGUGUUUUAUUUUUAAUUUUAUUUUGAAUGUUUUUAUAAUAUUCUGGUUUUGUAUUUGUUCUGUUUUCGUGUGUUUUAAUGUUAUUCUGCGUGUUUGUUAUGUUAUUCUGGUUUUUCUGUGUAAAUGUUUUUAUUCUAUUGUGAUUCUGUAUUUAUUCUGGUUUCUAUUUAUUGUGUUUUAGUGUGUUUUUAUGUUAUUCUGGUUUUUCUGAAUGUUUUUAUUUUAUUCUGAUUUUCUAUUUAUUCUGAUUUUGUAUUUUGUUUGUGUUUUUGUUCUUCUAAAUUUUAUAUUCUUUGUUUUUGUUUCUUUGUAUUUUCUGAUUAUUUGUUCAUUUUCAACCCCAACGAUUUUAUCUAUUUAUUUUUUAUCUAUAAUAUUCCAUGUUCGUUUUCCUCUCCUAUCAUUAUUUUUUUAAUUUAUUUAUUUAUUUAAUAUUUUUAUUCUCCUAAUUUUUAAAAUAAAUUUUAGCAACAAUUAAUUAAAUUUAUUUUUUUUAUUUUUUUAAAUUAAUUAUGCCAAUGAAUCUGCAGAGAUUUGUUUCUUUACCCAAUGCAUUUAAACCACUCAUUUUGUUACUCACACUCCUUGCCAUUUUACUUGUAGCAUCGGCGCCAAUGAAGGACACCCCUGGCGGAAUGUGGUUCUUUUGGCUUACUUCUAUUUUACAAUUGAUAUUUAUGACAAGUGUUUGUGUUCUUUUUCUUUACGAAGCCGAAUCCAUUCUUAGUUGCGGCCGUGAAAGUGGAUGGCCUGUUGUGGAAAUGUCUUAUUCUGGAGUUUGUACAUUUUCAAAUUUUAUUAACACAUUUAUUUUGGCUGGAGCUCAUAAACAUGAAAAAAAUGCAGCAAAUAGUUGUAUGGUUGCCGCGUUCACAACACUUUUUAUGUGUAUAUUAUUUGCUAUUGGAGGUUUAAUGAUGUUUCGUAUAUGGCGAGGUUUUGUAAAAUCUGGAGGAAAUCAAAAUCCAACCCCGAAUGUGCAAACUGGAAAUAUUGGAAGUAUGCACCCUGGAAUUUAA